AUGGAACAACAACGCGAAAUCUGUGGUGAAAGUGUGAGAAAUCGAGUUGUUGUGAAUGAGGAGGACAGAAUAAGUGAGUUGCCUGACGCUUUGCUUAUAGAGAUACUGUGUCAGCUUCCAACAGAGAAUGUCGUAGCUACGAGUGCUUUGUCUAAACGGUGGAGAUCUCUUUGGAAGAUGGUGCCAAAGCUCAAGUUUAAUUCUGAUUGUCACAAAAGUGAAGACCACAUAUUUUCAGAGAUUGUGGUCAGGUCUUUGCUUUCACAUAAAGCUCCGGUUCUAGAGUGUUUGCAUCUGCUGGUUUCUUUAGAGGUAUAUAUACUAGGAAAGUGGUAUGAGAUAAACCCGCGAGAAAGGUGGGGUCUUCUUCAGCUCAUGCUCGAUACUUCUCCUAAUCUGCAAAUCCUCAAGCUCACCGACCCAAAACGUGUACCUGAAUGUUUGUUGUUCCACCUUGAGACGUUCGUGUGGACAGGGUACGAAUGGCAACAAGAAGAUGAGAAACAAAUUGCGACAUACAUCCUAAAGAACGCUAGACGGCUGAAGAAAACAACUCUUUCCACAAAACAUAUCCGAUCCAAAGAUCCGGACAAGUUGGAAAAGAGACGUGAGAUGCUCAACGAGUUGGUUAGUCUCGCCGGACCUUCAAAUUCAUGUCACCUCGUGUUCAACUAG